GUUGUUGCUGAAAGGCAUAAACUGAUCCCUUCAGUUUAUGCAGUAUUAGAUAUACAGAAAGAUAAAUAUGGGCAAGCUGAAGCAGUAAUAUAUUCAGGUCCAAUAUUCAUAAGAAUUCGUAGCGGUAAAUAUGAUAGCAGUACCGCUUACUCUUAUAGCAAAGACUUCGAUGACCUGAUGGUUGAGAAGAAAUUACACAACCAUACUAUGACGGAUGGCCAGUCUAAACCCAUGGUGGUAAUGAUAUCUGAUGGUAAACCCGACGAGAAUCCAUGUUAUAGAAAACAUGCAUCCAAUCCAGUAGAAAGACGAAUGGCACCUUUAAGCCAUGACUUAGCUGGUAUAAUCCUCCCACAUGAUAUCUUUGGAUCACAUUUGGAUAUACAGUUAAGGACAAGUGAUAAGAAAUUAGAAAAACGCAAUUUCAAAAUGGCCAAAGAUGUUUUGGCAUCAAUUGGAAUCAAACAGAUUCUUCUGAAUCACUUUUUCCCACCACCACUUCUGAUCCAACAAAAGCUUCAAAGUAUUUGCGUAGCAAGCAUGGGUAUAUUUGACAAUACAACUCACUUUGGCAGCUUUCUUCUUUCUAUAUUAAUGGAAGGAAAGUUAACUCCUCUAGAUACAAAUCUACAGUAUUUCCUCUUCGAUUGGUAUUGCCCAACCGUAAAUAAAUUAAUUAAUGAUUAUCUCUGUUCUUAUUGUAAUCAGUACUAUGCUUUGAAAAGAGCUUUGAAAAUCCAUAUUAAAAAAUAUAAAAAAUUCAACUUAUCUAAAGAACCUGUUUUGGAUAUUCAAGAUAAUGAAAGUAGUGAAACUAUGCAGGUGGAUGAAGAAGUAGUACUGGAAGAUCUGUUAGAAACCUAUCCUCAGCAAGUGCAAGUUCAAGAAAAGUUGAUUGCAGAUAGA